UGAGUGAGCCGCGGGGUGUUCUCUGCUGGGUGGCAGUUCUUUAGGGCAUGUUGCAUGUAAGCAGUUAGCUCGUAGUUCUUUGGCCGCAGGACAUGUUCAUUUGUUUAGGGACAGCGAUAAUUAGCUGUCUGGCUGCACCUGUGCUGCUGGCAUUAGUUUGGCGAUAAGUUGAUCCCACUGAUGUGGAUCUGUGAGUAGAUCACCGAUCUGCUGUAAAGCAUUUCCCUGUUGCUUCCGUGUAACCAGCUUUCAGUUUCAGAUCUUACGCAGCCGGGAGAUCGCUCGCCCCAUCGGCUGCCCCUCACACGGGCAUUUAGCUGGGCGGUAGGCACAUGAAGGCUUGUCCCUCUUAGAUAAUAGUCCCUUCAUUGCUGAUGCCGUUUGAAGCCGGCCGGAGUUGCUGAGAUGCUGCUGGAUUUCCAUGCCACCUUUAAUCUCCAUAGGGAUGUCAUGCCCUGGAUCCUCGCCCAAGGAGCACCUGUUUCAGAAAAUACAGAGAGAAGCUCAAGAACUCUGCGAAUAGUCAAUGUUGAGCAAGAUGGGAGUGUUUUAUAUACUUGGAAGGGAACUGGGGGAUUUACCAGCAUUGGGUCGUAUGAUCCCCAUUUUGUGCAAAACAAGCUGCUUUAUUCCUUUGACCAAGAUCUAUAUAUUAUAAGCUGUUCAGUGAAUUGUGAAAAGACUCUACUUGCUUUAAGUUACUGCCGUUCUCCAGGAGAAAACAAAUUUGAACCCAUUUGGCCAGUCUCCAGGUACUUAGCCCUUCUGAUCGAAAUCCAACCCAUCAACAAUGUGAGAGUUCUCAAAGUAGUGGAUAGCAGUAUGAAAGUACAGUUCUUAUAUCCAACAGAAGAGAUGUGUCGGUUUCCUGAAAGUCAUCUUCUAGUGGUUUCAGAAGAGAGAUAUAUUGAGCAAUACCACAUAUGUGUCGCUACCGAGGAGGAAGGCAAAGUGGUCAUUAAGAAUUCGGGUCAGCUGCCCAAAGAUAGAAUAACGGAGGACUUUGUGUGGGCUCAGUGGGAUGCAUCCGAGCAGAGGCUCUUUUAUAUUGUUCCUAAGCGUUCCAGCUGUGUUUUGCAUUGUGUCCAGUUUUAUCCUGAAGACCAUUAUAAAAAUGUGUUUGAAGUCCCUCUUGAAAUAAUUCUUUCUGACCAAGUAAUAAGUUUUGUUAACCUGGGGAUUGAUGUUCUUGAAGAGAGAGGAAGAUCAAAAGUUAAAUCUCCAAAUCUACAAGUAUUUACAAAUAACAUGGGUGGCUUGUGUCUGAUUUACGUUCAGCCAUCCCAAGUGGCACAUGAAGUAAAUUACAUGGUUGUGUUUUUACAUAAGGGGUGCAGCAAAACAUUUAAAGUUCAAACGGCAAUGGAACAUUCCACGCCGCUCAAGAAUGCAUCGUUCAUAAAUCUUGAUAGCUAUAUUGUGGUUUACUUGCCUGAUCAAUUUUUACACUUGAUAAACACGAGACAUCCUGACCUGAUGUGUUAUCACUUGUUCCUGGCUGGAGAUGAUGCCAGGAUCCCUGGUAUGUGCUGUGAUUGUCCGCUGCAGUCUGUACUGAAGAGUUGUGUUCUGGAGUAUUGUACCGGCAUUCUCUACUCUGUGAGAAUCAACCAGUCGCAGCUUGUAAAACUUUUAUCACUUACCAGGCUGGACGCUGACAAGUUGGCAAUUCUUCACUGUGUUUUACUCAACCUCAACUAUCAACCACACUUGGAAACACAACUUAUCGAAUGGAUCUGUGAAAACCUAUCCACUUGUCAAAGCUUUGAUCCCAUUCAAGAAUUUAUCACUGCAUCUCUGUAUAGGAAGUUCAGUUCAGAGGCUGUGUAUCUGGAUAAACUUUUGCCGUAUACAUCGGUGCCUCUUUGGAAUGAGGAUAUCGAUGGUGUGUCAUGCACAACAGACAUAACGGAUAUGCCGGUUGUGAAGGUCGGAAUCUUGAAAGGAUUCUGGGAAAAGUUCCAUUCAGAGCUUGAAUACAUGAAAGUUGCUCAGCUACGUUUUCGCUACGCUAACUAUAUACAUAGAAGAGAUUGGUGCAAACUAAUUAACGAAGUGGACACCAAAGAGAAGCGAAAUGGUGUUUAUCAGCGCAGUGUAUUGGAAAAUGUAAAGAAGGUUCUUUUAAACAUGGAAACUUGGAGUUCAGACCAAAGAACUGUACCAUUAUAUCAAGAGGAGGAAUAUCAACACAAAGAGCUCAUGGGCCUGAUGGUGAUUAAAUUAAAAGAUCACUUAUCUCAGUAUCUUCAUAUUGGAAAAAGCAAGAUCGACAAAAUUGUUCUGGAUUAUGUUUCAAGACAGCUGGACAUUGUGUGUCUAAUACUGGAGGUUGUGUGGAGAAAAUUCAACAUGGAGUCAUGUGUGUUCAAUUUCAGUGGGAGAGGAAGUUCUACGGAGUAUUUUGCCUUUCAUGUCAUGUGCCGCAUUUCAGAAGCUGCAAGCAAAAUGUGUAUGCCUCUGCCUCCUGGUUUCCAUACACUACAGCUGGUUCUUGGGGUUCGUUGUCUUCCUCUUGGAAACUUCCUUCAUUGUAUAGAUAGUGGUGUCCUACACCUUACAGAGAAUUUUGUUGUCAAGCUUCUGAAAGAAUUGGAUGACGAUGGACACAAUGAGAAAAUUAAGUACAGUAUAAUUAUUCGUCUUCCUGAGGCAAUUAUUGAAAAAGUGCAUCACUUAUGGGAUCAUGCAAUCAGCAACAAGGUUAUCGGCAUGAAAUAUGUGAAACAACAAUUGUGCAACCUGAAAAAAAAGGAGUUUACAAGACAGCCAGUGCUCAAUCGGUCCCCGCUGUACAUGAAUUUUUUGCCUCUCAAUUAUUUGAUUAUGAUGUUGUCAGAAGUAGAAGAAACUGCAUUAAAUCCUUUUGAAGAUGACAACAUAGACGCUACAUUCCUAGAAGAAAUUGCCCUAAAACAAACUGCCAUUGCCCUGAGAUUACAAAGACGCUAGAUU